UUAUUACCAGUAAUGUGACUUCACAGACAGCAACGUUGAUAAAUGAUAACUGAUAGCAUCACUUAGUCAUGUGACUUGAGUGUGAGAGUGGCAAAUAGCAUUAUAAAUAAUCUACAACUGUCACUGGCGUACCACUGUAACGCUACUUGGAACUGACGAGUGACCUGUAAUUGUUGGAAGUAAAGUAGUAGUGAUGGUCGAGUGGCUGGUAGUGGGAAUCUCUGGGGUGACGUGCAGUGGGAAGUCGACUCUGGCUCGCCGCCUCCACCAUACACUCCCUUCACCAUCCACACUCCUCAACCAGGACUACUACUUCUACCCUGAGGGAUCCUCUCACCACAUACCAGCGCCGGCCGGCCUUAACCACCAUAACUGGGAAGUUAUUACCAGCAUUGACGUAGACACAAUGUUGAAAGAUGUCCGCGAUAUUGUACGAUCUCCGCCAUCACAGUUAAAGGCACCCACCACGCUUGAGCUCGUCUCAAGAGGGGAAGGGACGUCAAGUAAUCUUGAUUCAGCAGGUGGUCGACCAGUGCUUGUUAUUGACGGGUUCCUGUUGUUUUCUCAUCCUGAGGUAUGGGAGGUGUGUGACCUGCGGUACUUCCUGACCCUGACCCGGGAGCAGUGCUGGGAACGCCGUCAGCGCCGUCAGUACGAGCCCCCGGACCCCCCGGGAUACUUCCACCAGUGUGUCUGGCCCGAGUAUGAGCAGCACCGGCAGUAUGUCAACAAGCUCGACGGUAUAAUCUACCUUGAUGGUAUGGUUCCUUCUGAUGACACAUACACAAUUGUCUUCCAAGAUAUUAUUAACCAUUUAAAGAAGAGGGCUUAAUAGAUUAUGUAUAAUUAGCAUGUACUGUGGUAAUAGCUAUUAUGUUUUAUUUGAAAGUGGAUAAAUGCCUUUUACUAUACAAGUUAUGGGAGAUAAUUUGAUUAUAAUAAAACUGAUUGGAUUUUAAACCAUCAGUUGGCCAGCGACACUUUUCCGUCUAUGGAGUCACAUCUCUGUCGCUCUAGCCAUACCAGGUACAUUUUUUAAAAGAUUGAUGUGAACAAAAAGAACAUGAUGCUCUGUGAGUUUCGGUAUGAGGGUGUGUACUUCAGGCCAUGGGAAUAUACGAAAACCAGGAUUUACCAGUAUCAAAAUUCAGACCGCAUUUGAACUGGUAGAUAGCUUUUGUGUCAAAAUGGUUUGGUGUGUUUCAGAAUGACUAUAUUUUGGCCAAGUUUGAAAAUAACCAGGUUCAGAGGCCUAUUUUCGCAUGUUCUGAGGCCAGUGAACCGCAGUCCUCGUGAACUAGUUCUCAUAUCCAUUCACAUGCACCAGUGGCCGAAGGAAGGUACGAACACUUGAGGUCAUAUUCCCUGGAGAGCUGAUACUAGUCAUUAACAUUAAAGUGAAUUCAACAUCGAGAAUACAAUUGUUUAACGGCUCUCCUUUGAUACAAAGGGAAGAUAGCAGACCCAGUAGCAGCCCGUCCUCGCAUGCAAAGAUCCAAGCUCGUUAAUCCAGCCGCCAAACCCCCGUUUAUGAAUGAAAAGCGGUUUACACCAACCAGUCCUCGACUCAAGUCCAUUACAUCCAGCGGUCGACCC